AUGUUAGUUCUGAUAGGUUGGGGUGAUGGAAAAGAGGAGGUAAGGGGGGAAGUGGAGGAAGAGGAAGUGGAGAGAGGGGAUGCUGUAGAGGUAGUGGUUGUUGAAGAGGGAGGGAGUGCUGUAGAAGAAGGGGUUGCUGUAGAAGAAGGGGGUGCUGUAGAAGAAGGGGUUGCUGUAGAAGAAAGGGGUGCUGUAGAGGGAGAGGUUGCAAUUAAAAAGAACAUCAAAUCACAAUUAAACAUCAGAGAUGGUGCUGAUGAUACCAUAUACCACACCGAUCUACAAAACGAAGUAUUGCAGUGGAGAGCUCAGAUACGAGAAGCAGAUUACUUCAUUUCUCCUCAUUCACCAAAAGAUCAUACUUCUCUUUCCAACAAAUCUUUAGAUCCAGACCUAGUAAAUUUUUCCCAGAAGUGUAAAAACCAUCGAUUGCGUUACAUCCAGGAAGCAUCCAAAAUUAAUUCAGUUAAAGUCUCUCUCUCUCUAGAACCAAUUUUUUUCACGUCUUUUGAUAAAACCCACUAUCAUGCAAUAGAGAAUAAAACAAAAGCAGAAAUUGCCUCCAUAAUUAAUGAAAACAUCCAGAAACUCCUAGAUUUGGACUAUGAGGCUGGAGAAGACAUGAGAUUGAAAUGGUUGAAGGAGUUCAAAAACGGUUCCAAGAACUUAUACAUCAAAUUCUAUAAGGAUUUGACGGAGCUGUUAGAAAAUGCAUUCGGAUGUGAUUGAUGAUAAAGAUUGUGACCUGCAAGAUGAUGUGCCAGCUGAUUCCGCAUCUAAUGUUUAGUUUGCAGAAAUCAGUUCCGGUGUAGUGGCAUUUAGAAGCGGGAAGCCAUCAUACACACCACAAAGUAAGUGUUGUCUAUGCAUUUUUAUCUAGUUUUGCCAUUUUUUGACCCCGUUUCUCUACAUGUAAACAGGACAUGCAAAAAUAUAAUAAGUUCGUUUUAAAUUAACGCUUCCGUCAACAGCAAAUUAUCUUUGAACGUUAAUUUGACAUGUAUAAAUCUUCGAUAAAAUGCACUUACCAUCAUGCGUUUUCUUUUCUUUCGGGUAAACUGGAAUUAUUUUGGGCAAUUCUUCCACUCUUUCAAUAUUCGAAGGGCCCAGCGCUUCGGACGCAGCGCUUUUAUAAUGUAAUUUUUGUUUGUGAGUAUUUAUAAUGCACGG